CUUUCCUCUCCCUCCCUUUCGCUGCUCCCACUGUAUCUCAUUCACUGUCUGAGCGGAUCAAGCACACUUCACUCCUCGGGCAGGAUAAGGCAAGAGGAACAUGGGUUUUCUGCGGGACGCUUUCAUCUUUACGGCCCUACAUUUCCUCCUUAGAGCUUGUCGAGUGAGGGCGGUGGUGACAGUGACCAUGACCGAAACCCUGGAGGUGUUUGUGGGCAACACGGUUGAAAUCCCCUGCCAGUAUUCCUUCCACGAGGAGCCCAGCAUGGUGAUGAUACAGUGGUUUGUGGCUGAGGCCAGCGGUAGCAGGCGAGAGCGCAUUUUCUACAGCGAUGGCACCACGAGCAUCGCGGACCAGGGCACGGCCCUCGCCGACAGGAUCAGCCUGCGUCCCGGUGACGGCAGUGGGGACCUGCUGCUCACCCUGAAGGACGUGCACCUGCGGGACGAGCGGCAGUUCAUCUGCCAGGUCAACGGGAUGUCGGCCGGCAACGGGGAGAGCAAGACACAGCUCAGGGUCUUCGACCCCCCCGAACCGCCAGCGAUCGAGGGCUUCUACUCCGGAAUCUCAGUGAAUAACGAACACCCCUCGAAGAUUGCAUCCUGUGAGGUCAGAGAAGGCUACCCCAGACCCAACAUCUCGUGGUACCGAGAUGACACCCUUCUGCUUUCCAAGGCUAAUGUGGUCAACGUGGUGACACUGGUUACACGCGAGUCCAGCGGUCUGUUCAGCAUACAGAGCAAUCUGCACUACAAGGUGUCCAAGGAAGACAAGGACGCCCACUUCCACUGCCGGGUCACCUACCUCAUCCCCGGGGGUGUCAGGACAGCCGAGUCCAGCCCCGUCAACAUCACUGUGCACUACCCCACCACCGAGGUCAAUAUCUGGAAGGAAUCACCGGCGGGGCUCGUAAAAGAGGGGGACACGGUGGUUCUCCGUUGCCGGGGCGAUGGCAACCCCCCACCUCCUUUCACAUUCUCCCGAAAGCACCAUCCGGAGAUCGAUCUGGACUACAAUCUGGACCUUCUGAAGCUGCCGGCAGUGACCCGGGAAGAGAGCGAUGUCUACCAGUGUCGCUCGCUGGAUCUGGACACGUACGAGGAAGUGACUGGGGAACUGCAGCUGAAAGUCCACUACAUGGAUCCUGCCAUAGUGGUCCCUAAAGAAUCAGAGAUCGUUUCCAAGGGAGACAGUCUGAUAGCCACUUGUAAUGCCUCAUCGUCCUUGGAGACCAGCGUCGUAUGGUUCAAGGAUGGCCGGCAGGUUGGCUGGGAGCAUGCCCUGCUCUUGAAGGACGUCACGUUCGACAUGGCAGGGGAGUACAUCUGUGAGGUGUCAACUCCAGCUCUGGCUGGGCUUAAAUCCAUCGGGGUGGUGCACAUCGUCGUCCAGGGACCGCCAGAGAUGAAUGACGCGGACACGAUGACGGAGAUGGAGGAGAACUUUGAGGCGUUUGUGAACCUGAGCUGUGAGGCUUGGGGCAUUCCUCCACCUACAGUCUCCUGGACCAUCCUUGGCACCGAGAACUGGCGCGAGGUGUCCAGCAAGGUGACCACCAGUUGGGUUCAGAGCGUGGUGACCGUCAAGGUGACCUCUGGCAUCACCGCCUCCUGCAACACCACCAACUAUUUGGGCGCGGAGGGGAAGUCCUUCAGCAUCAAAGCCAUUCCCUUGGUAACCCCCGCUACUGUCAACAGCCCAGAGGGCAACGGCAUCAUCAUUGUGGUCAUUAUUGUCUGCAUACUCCUGUUGGCCAUCCUGGGUAGCGUGUUGUACUUCCUGUACAAGAAGGGCAAGAUCCCCUGCGGUCGUGUGGGCAAGCAGGACAUCACCACAGAGAAGACCAACAAAGCGGAAAUCGUGGUGGAGAUGAAGUCCGAGAAGAACGAGGGGGCUGUUCUUCUGAAGGGCGUCAAUGGUGAAAAGAAGGUCUCUGCUGACCAGGGUGAGAAGUACAUGGAUGUGAGGAACUAGAGGGAGGAAGAGGAGGAAGAGGAGGAACAUGGGCGACAUGGGGAACCAUUAGCUGCCGGAGGGGGUGAGGUGGGAUGGACUUGGGGUGGCCAAAUUCUUUUUCAUAUCGUGGCACACGGG